ACAAUAAAGCAUACAUACGAUUAUUUAAUAUUCAACACCAAGGAAGAUGUAUAUCGAGAGAAGAGAUCCAAAUGGGAUCACUUUUAAUUUCAUCCUCAUGAUAAUAUUAUCGUAUUGGAACCGAACGAUCGUCCUGUGGGACACAAAAUCCGACCUCAAGAAUAAUGUCGGACUGGAACAGGAUGAUUGGCUGAAGGAAUACGAAUCUGAAGACACAGAAAUUGCUGUUGAGGGCGAACUGGAUGAUUGGCGCACGGAUCACGAACACACAGAAACUGAUGUGGAGUGCGAAGUCGAAGAAACCCUUGAUAAUUCCGAGCCCCCGAUCAGUAUUCUCGAGAGAAUGCCGUAUGAAAUCAGGCAAAUGGUAUUUGUCUGUUGCGGGAGGAGCGCCUUCUGCUCAGCCGGUCAAGGUCCGGAUCUAUUGCAAGCACUUCGAGGGCAACCGCUAUCUUACAGGCACGCCUUAUCGAUAUUUGAGCGGUUGAACAGUUAUGAACUAGAAGCAAGGCUAAAAAACGAUGCAUUGGGCGAAGACCAUCCAGUUGAUGAGAUGAUUAGGCUCAUGACAGUCAAUCAAAAAGAACCGAGUCCGUUCCCUCAUUUAGAUUUGGACCUGACUUUAUAGUAAGCUUACUUCUUUCUUCCAUAAAGCAGUGAUGGAGCUGAUCUAAGAACAGUGGCUGUCUACCCGAGAAUCAAGAACAGCAUGGCGACUUUUGGGCAUCGACCCCAGAAACCGUCAUGUGUGAUUUUGUCAGAGAACUACACAAUGCUAGUUGCACUCGAGACGUGAGUCUUUCCUAUGAGACGAGAUUGCCAACUAAAGUGAGCUCCCUCAUUAUUACCUGUCAAAAUGAUCAAGGGGAUUGGACAUUCCUCAAAAAUUUUCUUUCUCUCGUUCCAUGUCGUAAUCUCACAAGGGUGAUAGUUCCAUUACCAAAUCCCGAAAAUUACCUCGGCAGUUCGACUCCUACUGAGUACAGCUAUCAUGGAGAAGAUACUUUCCUUAAUAACCGUGCAAAACAGGAUUCACUGGCAUUAGCGGUUAUUGAGAAUAUUGAUAAGAAAUUGGGCGUCCAAGGAGUCAUUCUAGGCAGGUCGAAGAAUAAUUUGUCGGGUUUUUGCAUGUGGGAAGCUCCUAAAGGACAGCAUAUGGAUUGGAGCCAGGAGCUAAUAGAGCCAUGGGCUCUACGAGGUGGCUUUGGGAAGGCUUUUCUUGACCAGGAAAACAACUCUUUUGAGCUUAACGAGUGUAUACAUAAUGGAACGUUCUUUAUGAGCAAUUCAUAUGAAACAGAGUCAAUGAGAUGCCUAUCGAAGAAUGGAGGGAUUUUGGUAAUUGAUUGGUUUUAUAAGAUAGAGGAGAAUGUUGCCCUCCAUGGAGUGUAUGAAGGUUGUGUAGUGAAAAGAGCAAAAAUAAUCCAAUGUAUUCUGAGGGUAGAAGGGCCCGUGGCUCAAGAGUUCGUAUGGAUUCUGGUGGUGGGAACGGUUUGAACCUGAUUGGAACAUUCCAUUCUUUGAACAUCCAGGAUUUGUAUUAAUCUUGAACUUUCUUUCAUUUUCAAAUGUUGAAGGUCUGCACCACAAGAAAGGUCUUAGAGACUCUUUGAUUGUUACAAACUAUCACUGAGCUCCUCGGGUUAUAGUUGUGGUCAAAUACUACCCUCAUUUAUAUUAAUGUACUAAAAUUAUUCGUCGGAUUU